AAAUCAUAGUUGCUUCGAACCCCAAAGAGUGAAUUUCUACAGUUUACCCUUAAGGUGAGAAUCGACAAUUGCCCAAUCAGUCUGAAUUAUUUUCGGUGUUGCAAGCGAUUCUUUGCCAUCGAAUUCAUUUCUUACUCAUCGUUUCGUCUUCUUGGAGUGCCCCAACAUCCAGAACUAGGCUGCUGGUCACAUCCAGGAAAUCCUUGCAGAUAACACAGGAUAACUGUGCGAGUGGGAGGUAUUAUCGAUCCAUGCGCCCUAUCCAGAACGAAGUUCUCAGUUAAAAGGGAACAGUGCAAGAACCAAAGAGGUCCAGAGGGCGGAGGCCUCCAACACAUGAAGGAUCGCUUCUUUCGCUUAGUUGUAGUGUCCAUCAGGUGUUUUUUCAUUUAGAUUCCAAAGGUCUUAGCAAUGGGUGGUUGCGCAUCGAAAGAAAACUCCAAAAAAUCCAAAGAGGACAGCUCUGGGAAAUCAGCCAUGGUUGACGCAGCAGUCUUGGAAAAACUAGAAGCAGGUUUCAACAAACUUGAAGCCUCUGACUCCAAAUCACUCUUGAAAAAAUUUCUUACCAGGGAAUUGUUUGAUCAACUGAAGACGAAGAAGACCACAUUCGGUUCUACCUUACUGGAUGUCAUUCAAUCUGGUCUAGAAAACCAUGACUCAGGAAUUGGAAUUUAUGCCCCUGACGCAGAGUCCUACACCACUUUUGCUGACCUAUUCGACCCGAUUAUUGAAGAUUACCAUGGUGGCUUUAAAAAGACUGAUAAACACCCCCCAAGAGAUUUUGGAGAUGUAAACGUCUUCGGCAACUUAGACCCUGCUGGAGAGUACAUUGUAUCCACUCGUGUAAGAUGUGGCCGCUCUUUGGAGGGUUAUCCAUUCAACCCCUGCCUAACUGAAGAGCAAUACAAAGAGAUGGAACAGAAAGUGUCAUCUACUUUGUCUGGAUUGGAAGGAGAACUCAAAGGUACUUUCUAUCCGUUGACUGGAAUGGACAAGGAGACUCAACAAAAGCUGAUUGACGAUCACUUCUUGUUCAAAGAAGGUGACCGAUUCUUGCAGGCAGCAAACGCUUGCAGAUUCUGGCCAACUGGUCGUGGUAUAUUCCACAACGACGCAAAAUCAUUCCUGGUAUGGUGCAACGAAGAAGAUCAUCUUAGGAUCAUCUCAAUGCAAAUGGGUGGAGAUCUUGGCCAAGUAUACCGUCGUCUUGUAACUGGAGUUAAUGAGAUUGAAAAGCGUUUACCAUUUUCCCACAAUGACAGACUUGGUUUCUUAACCUUCUGUCCCACUAACUUAGGUACCACCGUCAGAGCUUCUGUUCACAUCAAGGUCCCCAAGCUGGCCUCCAACAAAGCCAAACUUGACGAGAUUGCUGGCAAGUUCAAUCUCCAAGUACGUGGCACUCGUGGAGAACACACCGAGGCUGAAGGGGGCAUAUACGACAUAUCCAACAAGAGAAGAAUGGGUUUAACCGAAUUCGAUGCUGUUAAAGAAAUGUACGACGGCAUUUCUGAACUUAUUAAAAUCGAAAAGGAACUGUAAGUCGACCAGUAUUAAAAUGGUAUUUUGAGUAUACAUAAUAUACAUACCAGAAAUGGCGCAAACAAGUAUGAGUAUAAUAAACUUGUUGCGGAAAUACUGGGUGCUUACUGUUAAGUUUCUAAAAAAAAAGGAUGUGUAAGAGCAUAAGUUCAUUGUAAUCAGCUUAAAUAGUCGGAAUUAUUUCAUACAAGACAUACGACAACAGGAUAAUUUUUAUGUCCCUUUUAUUUGAUAUACACCUAUUCUUUAUAAGAUAAUUAUAUGAAUAUGUUAAGUUUUAUUUAUACAACGGAAAGUUUAUCACAAUUUAAUAAAUACGUCCAUCCCA